UUCCCUGCGCCUUUCAUCUUCUCCUCCUCACCACUUCGGCGCUCUUCCGUCCAACUUGCAGGAGCAGAACCAUGGAGAGUUCCGCUGUUCUCCGCGGGCUGCUGCUGGUCAGCCUGCUGGCAGCCCUCAGUCACGGCCAGACGUCCCAGGAGAUGUCCCAGGAGGACUUGGAACGGGACAGAGCCGAACCAGCAACAGACCAAGAACUGGUCGAAGCACUGGAGGUGUUGCUGGGCAAGGUGCAUAAUGGUGUUUCCACGGAGAAGCGAGGCAGCAUCCCGCUGUGUGGGAUCGGUGACCGCUGUGCCAUGAAGUUCGGACCACGAAUUGGAAAGCUCUGCGACUGCGGCAGGGGAGCCAACUGCAACUCCUACCUGCUCAAGUGCCUUUAAAUCACUCGCAUUUUUAAACUCACUGACCUGUAAGGACCAAUGAAUCCUUGGACAGGAGGCACAUUUCACUUCAAAAAUUGUUGGCCUAUUGAGGCUUUAGAAUGUGAGUUUUUGUUGUUGUUUUCAUGAGGUAUGCUCUUGUGGGGAGGACACUUUAAAUGUAGCAUGGGAAUGCAUCAUGUUCAAUAAAG